GUCUCUACUCUCUCCGCGCCGCCUGCUCCAGACCUCACCGGAAGCGGAACACCCGGAAAUAUCGAAGCGGACGCAGAAAACCUCCAGAGUCGCGACCAUGGCCGCCGCCGCCCUCCUCCUCCCGCCGCAGCUCGUGUCGCUAGCACGUCACCCCAAGCUUGCCCCCAGGUACAAGAAUCAACUUCUCCCGCUCGCUCCCAUCGGCCGCCGUGGCGCGAGGCUCAGGGCCGUCGGCAACCGCCCCGGCGCCGGGCUCGCCGACCAGACCACCGUCUACAACGGCGUCUACGGCCCCUGGACCGUCGAGGAGUCCGACGUCCGCGAGGUCUUGCUGUACCGCUCCGGGCUGGUCACCGCCGCCGCUUCCUUCGUGGCCGCGGCCUCCGCCGCGUUCCUUCCGGAGGGGAACGCCGCGGGCGAUGUCAUCAGGCAAAGCAUCGACCUUUUCUACGCCGCCGGCGCCGCGGGGCUGGGGCUGUCGCUGGUCCUGAUUCACAUCUACGUCACGCCAAUCAAGCGCUUCCUCCAGGCGCUGUGGGCGAUCGGAGUUCUUGGGUCGAUUGGGACUUACGUCGUCGGCGCGCAGCCUCUGGACGAGAGCUUGGUUCAGUACGUGCUGUUGCAUCCGGCCGCGCUGUGGUUCGUUGGGCCGACGUUUGCUGCACUAACAGGCCUCGUCUUUAAGGAAGGUUUGUGCUAUGGAAAAUUAGAAGCUGGCAUCUUAACUUUUGUUAUCCCUGGGCUUCUUCUUGGACACCUGUCUGGUUUAAUGAAUGAUGGAACAAAAUCAGUCCUUUUAGGAGUGUGGAUGCUUCUUUUCACUGUAUUCGCUGCAAGAAAAUUCCAACAGCCCAUCAAGGACGACAUAGGUGACAAAUCUGUUUUCAUGUUCAAUGCGCUCCCUGAAGAGGAAAAGAAUGCUUUGAUUCAGAAGCUCGAGAGGCAAACUGAACAGAAGUUUGAGUAGACACGGUAGACAGUCCAGGUGCACCCAAUAGGUUAUCCAUGGAAGUUUGUAACUGAUGUAUAUGAUAGUCCCGAAAAUUUGGACAUGCAUCAAUACAUAGAUGAAGAUGAGAAAAUUGCAUUC